CGCUCCACUUCGUUAUGUGCAUUUGCGCUUGUAUGCGUUGAGGUGAGUGCGCGCGCUGAGCGAAUGAGUGAGUGUCGAAGCGGCGGCGUUGCGCUGGUAGGUGUGUGUGUGCGGCGCGCCGGUUUUAGUUUCUCUGUUUGUUGCACAGGAGGUCCGCGUCAAACCAGCGACGCAAUGGACUUUUAGUUGUUCCGUGGACUUGCCCAACAUUGUGCGCGCCUCAACGCGAAGCCACGUUACGCGCACGUCAUACACUUACUCAUCACUUUUGAAGGCGCUUGGAGCAGCAGCGACAGCGGUGCAGCUGUUUCAUAUUUUUUUUGUAUUUGUUUUUGUGCAAUCGAGCGAGUGUUUUUUGUUUUGUUUUAAAUUUUUUUUGUUCAUGAUAGCGUUCUCGAUAAUUUUGCAUUCGGUAGUGAACGCGUCUUAUCGCAAGCAGGCAGUGGUGACAGUCCGCAGCCGCAUAGCGUCAAAGCGUCACAGUUGUAACAUAAGCAACAAUUAAACACCACUUUUGAGACUUUUGUGAUUGAGUGAGAGCACAUAGACAAUUAGAAAAGGAAGAUACCAUUUAACAACAACAACAACAGAAAGUAUUAGCAGUACUUUGAUAACAAUUGCAUAAGACAUAAUUUUGUUUUUGUUGUGUUUGCUUAUUUACUUUGAACCGCUUAAAGUGUAUGUGUGUUGUUGUUGACUCGUGGCUCGUGUUAAUUACACACACUUUUCGAAAAAAACACGCGCCGCUCAAGUGCCUAAACCAACAAAGAAGUGCGUGUGGUCCCAAGCGUCUCGUGUGCGCGCUUGUCAUUGGACGGCAGAAUCGUUUUGCGCCUAAGUGCCAGUUAAUUGCCGACGCGGCGCCAAUUCGCCAGCCGCUAAGAAGCUUGUUAGCGCGCCAACAGGAUUUUGGGAUGUGUGAUCUAUUAGCGCUUGAGUUGUUGUAGUGGGAAACCGCAAACGAGCAAUUAUCUCAGUGACCACAAGUCUGGGGAGCGAAGGCAGGCGCAGAUGUUGAAGAAGUAGGAAGCAAAAACACCAACACAUAUUCUCACAUAUAUAUUACAACAACCUGAAAACAACAACAGCUUUAAAGCGCACUAGACAUCAUUGUUGUUGUUGUCGAUCAAUUUGUUUGUUAAUACGCCAGCGGUGUUUUGCUGGCUUUUAGCGUUGCGGUUGCAAUAGUGCCUCGCUAUGCGCUUGUUGUUUUUGUACGAACGUCAAAUUCGAUUUUUAUGACUUUUUGAGCGCGUGACUAAGCGGUGAUUUAUGGUGGCGUGUAGCUUUUAAUAUUCAUACACUCGCUGUGGCAACGACAAACGAACGCAGCAGCAUACCAGUGAGGCAGUAAGAAGAAGCAGCAGUAGAAGAGGAGGCAGAAGCAGUAGACGAACUACAACAACAGUAACAACAUUGUACCCCCAAGUUUAACGGCGAAAAGAACGAAGCGUUAGUGGCAAAAGUCAUAUUAACAACAACAGCAACAACAAUAACACGAACAACUAUCACAACAGCUGCCACAUCAUCAUCGAUAGUCACUAGCAGGCAGGUCGUUAGCUUGCGUAGGUGCGCUUGCGCAACAACUAGCAAUCACUAAGCAUCCACUGCGACAGGCAGCCAGCGAGUUAACCGCCGUUUCGUUGUGUAUUGGGUGAUAUCCUGCUGCGCAUGCGCGAUGGACUCCUCCACAAGCCCGAAUGCCGUUGGCAACAGUGUGCAACAGCAACAACAACAACAACAGCUACAAAGUCGUGUUAAACAACAACUGCAUUUGAAGCAGCAGCAGAAUCAUCAGCAACAACAACAACAACAACCACAACUGAGACAGCAGUCGCAACAGCAAUCACAUGGCCAGCUAGGCAUGCAACAGAAAUUACCACAACAACAACAAUUGCAGAAGUUUAAACAGCAAAUGCAAACACAACGCCUACAGCAACAACAACAACAACAACAGCAUAUGCAAUCACAUCAGCGACAGGCACAUGUACAAGCAGCAGCGGCACAAUUUUCUGCGACAACAACAACAAAAACGACGAACGCCGCUGCCACAGUCGCUGCAUUGACCACUUUGAUUAAGGAGGAACUGUGCGCCGCCGAGUUGCAGGCCACUUCCGUUGCCGCAGCACUGGAGCAACAACAGCAACAAAGCAACAACAAUAAAAAUGCGCAGAGCAGCAACAACAACAAUGUGAUUACCGCUAGUGGCACACAUAACCAGAAAACGAACUCUGCCCUGAACUGUUCCGCCACCGCAACCAGUGCUUCCCCCGCCGUCGCCGCAAUUGCAUUGGCGUUGGCGAAGGAUGUAAAUGGUGCCGGCAGCGGUCCACAGCAGCAAGGUAGUCACAGCCUCGGCAUGGGUACGCCAUCCCCACAACAAACGCCGGUGUUGCCUUCGAUUAAGUGUUCCACUGGCAACAAUGGCAAUAGCAACAACAAUAUGAAUAACAGCACCAAUAACACCGGCAACUGCAGCACCAACAACAACAACAACACAUCGACGCUAACAAAUGUCUCAACUACGAAUGACCUCGCCGCUGCAGCCGCAGUUGUGCUCUCCUUACAGGGCACCAUGGUCAGCAGCCUGCAGCAGGCCGCCCUCCUACCCGUCAAUUCACCGGCCGCGGCGGCGCUCAACUUGCAAGCGCUCGAGUCAUACUUGGCACUGCAGCGCAUCACCGGCAAAUCGGAUGUCUUCCGGUUCAAUACAAUAUCCACCAAUAAUAACAACAACAGCGAUGGUAGUGGUGAUGGUGAAGCAAGUGCCAGCUGCACUACUAGCGGCAACAACGCAGAAGAAACCACCACCAACAAUAGCUAUAACUUAACAACAAUAACAACUACAGCGCCAACGCAACAACAACAACAGCAACAAGAAUUGCAGGCAUUGGACACAGCCAACCUCUGCCUUGAGGCACCUAAAACGCAACGCAACGCCAACACGGCAAAUGUUAUACAGACGCUGUUGCAUAGUGCGGGCGCCACCGGCACUGACCUCACCGCCAGUGACCUCGGCGACUGUGACCUGCCGUUGCUGGACGGCGAAGAGGGACUGUCGUUUGAGGCUGGCGAACUAGAGAGUAGCUACAACAAUUUCAUAUUCAACACCAACGCAUUCAAUUGCCUUAACCAACAACAACAACAACAGCAGCAACAGACUACACAGCAACAGCAACAACAAACGUUAUCUGCUGACAUCGAAUCGAUUUCAUCACUACAAGCCACCAUGUUCCAAGACAAACUGAACCACCAACAGCUGGUCAUCCAUGAAGGUGCCGCUGCCAGCGCACUGAAUGAGGCAAACGUCUUAAACGCCAGCAGCGUUGCGGGCGGUACGACUGUAGCUGCUGGCGGCGCUGCCAAUUCACAGCGCUCCAAGAAACAGUUCAUUUGCAAAUUCUGUAAUCGGCAAUUCACUAAGUCCUACAAUCUGCUCAUACACGAGCGCACGCACACCGACGAGCGGCCCUACUCGUGCGACAUCUGCGGCAAGGCAUUCCGUCGGCAAGAUCAUCUCAGAGAUCAUAGAUAUAUACACUCCAAGGAAAAGCCCUUCAAGUGCGCCGAGUGCGGCAAGGGAUUCUGCCAAUCGCGCACGCUCGCCGUGCAUAAGAUCCUACACAUGGAGGAGUCGCCACACAAAUGUCCCGUCUGCAAUCGGUCCUUCAAUCAGCGUUCCAACCUGAAGACUCAUCUACUCACACACACCGACAUCAAACCAUACAAUUGCAGUUCCUGUGGCAAGGUCUUUCGACGUAACUGUGAUUUGCGGCGCCACAGUCUAACGCAUAACCUCACCGGCAUGACAGGCAGCGGCUUGGGACCCGGUAAUGAGCAUCUGCUCUCACUACCCGUCAGCGUAGCGGAUAUCUUCCAAACCACAACUGGCGGCAAUAGCGGUGCCAUGACGACGACACGCACUUUGGACGCGAAGACGGUCACACUGUUGCCAGCUUGCACCAAAGUGGGCAAUGCGUCGUCCAUCGAUCUGAUUGCGGUGACUGAUUAGGUGAUAGCGUGCUUUCGCGAGAGCAGCACGUAACAUUUGGCCUUAUAUUUGUGAUCUACACUAUAUACUACAGAGGACCGCGGAGGUCCGCUUGCAUUAAUUAGUGGGUGUGAAAAGUUUGUAACUCUGUGCUAAGUAGACUGGUGCGCAC